CGCAGGCCAAAACAGAACCCUUCAAAGGCAAGACACAGGACACUUUCUUUUCAGAGACACACCGGCAAUGCACGCCUGAAGUCUGCAACCCCGCGCAACCCCUACCAUCGAACACUGUCUUGGUCACUUUCUACAAGGGCAACGGACGCGCUCUUUGAUUCUCGACAGAAGACCGUAUCUGCUGUUUGCGACCAACUGCUCACAGCCUCAAGCGACGCUCCCUCGUCGACGAACACACCACCCUCGCGGCAGACCACUUGACCACCGAGUCCUCGUGUCCUCCAGAAACCUUCUCUAAAGCGACCAGUCCGAGCUACGAUACUGUUCCCGCCAUGGCUGACGGAGAGGAGGAUUACAGCUCUCUGCCGAUCACAGAUCGUUGGGUGCACAAGAUCUGGAAAGUCCGCAAACAGGCCUACGAGGAUGCCACAAAACAAUUCGAGCUCACCGCCGACGAACACGACCCGGCUUUCAAACCUUUUCUUUUCGACUCAUCGCUAUGGAAAGGCGCCGUGGCUGAUAGCAAUGUCGCCGCUCAACAAGAUGGUAUAGCAGCAUACUGCGCUUUCUUAAAAUUCGGCAGCAAGGAGCAUGGCACAAGGACAAGGGGGGUUACGGUCACCCCUCUCUGCGAAAAGGGUCUGCCCUCUACAAGAGCGGCCACCAAGACAUCCGCCAUCGAGGCCUUGCAAUUACUCUGCGAACUGGACGUCCCCGGACCUGUUAUCGAAGAAAUGUUACCAGUGCUUUCCGCCAAGCAGCCCAAGACCGUGGCUGCCGUCCUGAAUGCCCUGACGACAAUCUUUCACAAUUUUGGCUGUAAGACCGCGGAUCCAAAACCCGUACUCAAGGUCUUGCCCAAGGCCUUUGGCCAUGCAGACAAGAACGUGAGAGCCGAGGCGACGAACCUGGCGGUCGAGUUCUACAGAUGGCUCCGGGAAGCUAUGAAACCAAUGUUUUGGGGCGACCUAAAACCGACGCAACAGUCUGAUCUCGAGACCCAAUUCGAAAAGAUCAAGGCCGAGGGUGCGCCAAAGCAGGAGCGUCUGCUGAGGUCACAACAGGCCGCCAAGGAAAGGGCACCAGCUGCCGGGGCUGGAGACGAGGAUGGCGGCGACGUCGAUGAGGUCGAUGAGCCCGAGGAGAUUGAUGCGUUUGACCUGGCAGAGCCCCAGGACGUGCUGAAGGGCAUACCUGGUGAUUUCUACGACCGACUUGCGUCGGCAAAAUGGAAAGAUCGAAAAGAAGCCCUCGAGGCCCUCUACGCGCUGGUCAACGUCCCGAGGAUCAAAGAUGGCGACUUUCACGAGGUCAACCGCUCCCUGGCAAAAUCUAUGAAGGAUGCCAACAUCGCAUGCGUCACACAGGCAGCGCAAUGUAUUGAGCUCCUGGCCAAAGGUCUGCGGAAAGGCUACGGCAAAUAUAGGUCGACUGUGAUGCAACCAAUCAUGGAACGUCUGAAAGAAAAGAAGGCGGCGGUUGCGGAGGCGCUCGGUGCUGCUCUCGACCAGGUCUUCCUGGCUACGAAUCUGACAGAGUGUCUCGAAGACAUCCUGGCAUUCUUGGUGCACAAGAAUCCACAAGUCAAAGAAGGAACCAUGAAAUUCCUUGUGCGGUGCCUGCGAACUACGAGAGACGUUCCCAGCAAGCCAGAGAUUGGUCAAAUAGUCGAUGCGGCCAAGAAACUGCUCGCAGAGUCAAGCCCGGUACUUCGAGAAGGGGGCGCCGAGAUCCUUGGAACCGUCAUGAAGAUCAUUGGGGAGCGGGCAAUGAAUCCUCAUUUAGAGGGUCUAGAUGACAUCCGCAAGGGCAAAAUUAGAGAGUUCUUCGAGACAGCCGAGGUCAAGGCCAAGGAGAAACCCAAGGCACCACCACCUGCUGCGAAGCCUCCGCCAGGGCCUACCAAGAAGGUCGUCAAGAAGGGUGUCAAAAAGUCAGCUGCGGCUCCCGCUGCGGCACCUCCACGCGCAGAGACGCCUCCACCCGCACCUCAGCCUGCCGCAAGGCCAGCCGCGUCGAAGCUUGGUCUGGCCAAGCCCGGCAUUGGAGGUCUCAAGGCACCGCAGAAGAAGUUGGGGUUGGGCCUGGCAUCACCGCGCCGCCCGGUGGCCGCACCCCCUCCCCCGGAAGAAGACGACUUUGUUGAGGACCCGGAGCCAGAACCAGUCGUCUCUCCUCCCCGUCCGCGUCUUGGCAUGGGUCGAGGUGGCCUUGCGGGUCGGUCACUCGCCAAGCCCGUGGCUGCUUCGGCAGCCCUGGCAGCGGCCGCUGAGCCGGCACCUGCUCCCUCCGGACUGACGGCCAUAGAACGCGCAGAGCUUGAGGAGCUCCGCGAUGCCAACGAGCGGCUCAUGCGGCAGAUAGAGGAACACCGUAACGAUCGAUCGAAGCUCUUAUCCGAGAUCCAGGAGCUCAAGAACCAGAAUGCCGGGCUCAUCGAGGAUCACACUCGCGACGUUCUGAGCAUCAAGGCAAAAGAAACACAACUCGUCCGAGCACGCAGUGAUGCCGAGGCAGCCGAGGGCACGAACGACAGGUUGCGAAGGGAGCUCGACCGCCUGAAGCGAGCGUUGAGCAAGGCCGAGCAGCUAGGAGUACAGCGUGCAGAUAUGAUCAGCCCAUCGCCCCAUGACAUGGGUAGCCCCGUCCGUGGCGAUAUGGGCGAGGGUACCGGGAGGUCGGCCAGCAUCGGCCAGCGCGCAAGCUACUAUAGCAACCUCUCUGACGAGAAAGAGAAUGGCGAUCCUGCCCCAUACGCACGGCAUAAGGCGCUCAGUCCGGAUUCGGGGCGGUACGCUAAUGGCGGUCAUAACAUGAACAGCGGACGGGCUUCGCCAGCGGUCGGAUCUGUGCACAGAAGUUUCUCGGAUAACAAUUCAUCUACAGCAGCUGCUGGGAACGGAAAUGGUGCUGAGAGCUGGAAGCGCGCCGCCGAGGUGACAAGCCAACUGAAGGCGAGGAUUGAACAGAUGAAGGCCAAGCAAGGUUUUGCGCGGCAGUAG